AUGUUCAGCCAUUACCCGGAUAUUGAAACGGCCGGCACAACAAACCAUUCAUAUAUCUUCGUGCAAAAUGCUUCAAUCCCUUUAAAAACUGGGGGAGUGCUUCGCUGUAACGUCUAUAAGCCGCGGGAAACAUCUGAAGGAAACAAAUAUCCCGUUCUUGUCACGUACGGACCGUAUGGAAAGGAUGUCCCUUAUGAACAGUUCAAUCCCAAGAGCUUUGCAGAAGUGGAUCCAGCCCACCAGACAGAGCAUUCUGCAUGGGAGACGCCAACACCCCAGUACUGGACCGACCACGGCUACAUUGUCGUGCGAGUGGAUGAGUUUGGAAUUGGGCAGUCUCCAGGACAGCUCCACGUCAAAUCCGCAGCUUCCAUUGAUGGAUUCUGCGAGGCUAUCGAAUGGGCUGCUAGUCAGGCUUGGUCCUCUGGGAAGGUCGGCCUCCUCGGAGUCAGCUACUAUGCUGCCACACAGUGGCAGGUUGCGGCUCGGCAACCUAAAGGUCUAGCGGCGAUAGUGCCAUGGGAAGGAUUUUCUGACGCCUACAGCGAGUCAUUGAGACAUGGUGGAAUUCUCUCGAAUAAGUUCUUCUCCAUGUGGUAUGACCGUCAGGUAGCGCCGAAUCAGUAUGGGCUGCCGGGGAGAGCGGCGCGUAAUUGGGGUCCUGAUACUGUUGACGGUGACCUCAGCGCCGAGGAAUUAGAUGCAAACUGUCACAAGGCCGUAAUGCAUGAACAGCGGUACCGCGAUGACAAAGAGAUCUCACCACUGAACUUCAAUCUUGAAGACGUCACUGUCCCCUUUCUCAGCGUUGCUAAUCUCGGUGGGAUUCUGUUGCAUCUUCGAGGAAAUGUGAUGGGGUAUCUGUGGUCUGGAUCCGAAUUCAAAUAUCUCCGAUUUAUUGCUGGACGCCAUGAUCUGCCAUUCUACUACCCUGAAGAAGUAGAGAUACAAAGGAGCUUCCUGGAUGCUUGGCUCAAAGGGCAUGACCGAGAGGGCUGGACGGAGAAGGGGGCUCUUCCACCGGUGGAUUUGAUUCUGCGAAAGGGAAAUGUGGGCUACAAUAAUCCAGCAGGGGAGAAGCAAUUUCUUCGCCGUAAAGAGCAGGAAUGGCCAUUGGCUAGGACAAAAUACACCCCAUUUUUCUUAGCAGAAGAUAAUCAGCUACAACUCGACCAGCCACACCAGACAGCGCCUAGGAAACUCUCCUAUAGCGCCCUGGGUAAGGCAGAAGCCUCUGACAUAUUGACCUUCGAAUCGGCUCCUUUUGAGAAAGAAACCGAAAUCACUGGACACAUUGUGACUCACCUCAACGUAUCCGUCAACAGAGAUCAGUGGGGAAAUUCGCCCACAGAUCUAGACUUGUUUCUCAGUUUACGCCAUAUAUCACCAUCUGGUGAUGAGAUACCCUAUACAGGCUCCGUCGGAGACCCUGUCCCAGUGACCAAGGGUUGGCUCCGUGUUUCUCUCCGCAAGACUGACCCUCAGCACCCUCGCCACCGGCCUUGGUUGCCGCAUCGCAACUACUACUCCACGGAUGUUCUACCUGUAAUUCCCGGAGAGGUGUAUCCCGUUGAUGUGGAGCUCUGGCCAACUAAUGUAGUUGUCGAAGCGGGAGGCCGGCUUGUGUUGGAAGUGAGUUCCAGAGACACUGCAGGGACUGGGAUCUGGGGUCAUGACGAUCCAAUUGACAGGUUUGGCUCUCAACUACGAACUCAUACCGCAAGGCAUAUUGAUGGCUUGUUUUCUAACUAG